AUGCACAUACAUCCCAAUGGAAAAAGGAAAAAGGUGAAUAGGGGUUACAUCUCCCUGUAUUUGGAGUUGGUUGAUGCAUCAUCCUUCGAAUUUGGCUGGCCAAUAAACGCUGUUAUCAAGUUCUUUGUAUUGGAUCAAAACACUAACAAAUAUUCUACUACCCUAGGCCCAGAUUCUGUAAUGCUAUUUAAUCCGUUAAGCAAACUAUAUGGCAUCGAUAGAUUCAUUGAUCUUCCUACGUUUGAACUUUCUUCCAACGGAUACCUUGUUAACGACCAAUGCGUGUUUGGUACUGAGGUUCUACUUGUCAAACAAGCUCCCAAAGUGGAAAUGUUGAUUUUAAAGGAUGGAGAUUCUAUUUUUACUGGCUCCCACAUUUGGAAGAUCGAAUCUUUUUCUAGUUCUUACGAUAGAUAUGAAUCAGAAAAUUUUAAUUGUGGUGAUUUUGAAUGGUCGAUCUCCAUUCGUCCCAAAGGAAAUGUGGAUGAUAAAGAUAAUAUCAUUUAUGUCUAUUUAUGGUUGGAUGAGUCGACUCUUCCAAAAAAUUCCAAAGUCUAUGCCAAGUAUAAGAUUUGCUUAUUAAACAAGGACAAGUUGGAUAACAUCUGUGUUAAAGGUUAUGAUUUCUUUAAUGCUUCGUCUCUAUGUUGUUGUGUCCGUACUAAGUCCUUGGCGUGGAAUGAAUUUCUAGACGUGCAAAAUGGAUUUUUGGUGGAUAAUUCUUGCUCUAUUGAAGUAAAUGUUACCAUUCUUGGGGUAGUUAAUUCUACAGCUUGA